AUGAAUAUUGACGAUGAUGGCCUUGACCAUCUCCUCGCGAGUGAUGAUAUUCUUGAUUUUUCAUCACAGGAAACUCUUCAAAGCUCGGCCGAUGAACCUUUCUGCAUGAGUGAGGAUGAGCUUUUGUUGGAGACUCAUGCGGAUACGCCUGGUGUCGACUCUUUCGAUGAGCUCGAUGUGGCGGAUUACCUUGGGCUCUCAGCCGUGGGACUGCCGCAAGCUGCUUCUGGAGCACUGCUGCCAACCACGCGACAAAUCCAACACGACAAGCUACAUCCCAAGAAAGCCAGGUUAAGCAAGAAACAGAAAGCAAGCUCAUUCUCCCAUCCACAAGGCUCACCCCGCGAGCGGAUCGAAGCAAUCUUCAGACAGAUCUCAACCGAUCUCGAUGAUGGGGAAGCAGAGAUUGGGAUCUCACUCAACAUGAGAUCUAGACAACCCCUUCAGUCGCAAGCUGUACUGACUGCUGACUCUUCGGAUACGAGAAUCCGGUCAAAGCGGCUAUCUUUCCCAGGCCGGACGGAAGACGAGGCGUGGCGCUUCACCAUCGUCAUCCGCAUCCUCGAGCUGAUACACGGUGCUCUAUGCACAGGCUUCACGAUCUCGAAACGUGACAUCUACUAUCGCGACCCAGCACUUUUCGGAAACCAACGACAUGUUGACCGCUAUGUUGACGACAUUGCUUUCACCUUCGGUGUACCACGAUCGGCACUCAACGUCACGGCCAUGGUGAAAGGCCUUGUAGCAGGAGCAGUCUCUUUUUGCCGCCGAGAUGGUUCUACUGUCACCGCUUCUGGGGACAGAGAAGGUCUGCUCGUGCCGAGCCUUAAAGAUAUCCUGUCAGUCGACUUGACCUCCGCCAAAUGGGUGAUCGUAAUUGAAAAGGAAGCUAGCUUUCGCUCCCUCGCAGCCUCGAGCUUCUGGGACAGGUUGUCAUUCGAAGGCGUCUUAAUCACUGGUAAAGGAUAUCCCGAUGUCGCCACUCGUGCACUACUGCGUUGCUUCUGUACACCAUCGCCACAGAAUGGCUUCGCUUCACCACCUUGCUUCGCUCUCGUCGAUCACGAUCCAGACGGGCUUGCCAUCAUGUCGGUCUAUAAGCACGGCUCGAUUGCACUUGCGCAUGAGAGUGCGGAGCUUAAAGUCCCGCAGCUUCAGUGGCUGGGUCUGCGCGAUGAGCACAUGACCUUCGCGACCGCUGACGCACAUGCAAGCCAAGGCUUACUGAUACUAAGCAUGAGGGAUAGAUCGAAGGCGAAGAAAAUGCUGGAGCGAGGUGUUAUGCAGGGAGACGGAAGUCUUGCACAUAAGGACGACGAGGAGGUAUCCGCAGCAUUGCGCGUUAUGCUUAUGCUCAACAUCAAAGCAGAACUGCAACUGCUCGAUGCUGCGCCAGGUGGCACGGCCCAGCUGGUUGGCGACGAGCUCGAUCGCCUUGCACUAUCAGUAGCCAAGCAACAGAAAUAUGAGUAG